AUGAUCCCAGCACUCCUGCUGCGUUUGCGUAUGCUGCUGUUGCUGCUGUUGCUGUUGCUGCUGCUGCAGAGCGUCAACUUCAAUCCCCCUGGUCGCGUCCGAGCGCAAGUGCUGCUGCCCUCCAGCAGCAGCAGCAGCAGCAGCGACAGCAGCAUGAUGCUGCUGCAGAUCCGCGAGUGUGUGUUUUCAUCCACCGCAAGCGGCCAGGAGUUUGCUGCUUUGCACGGGCGAGUGCAGUGGUUUCUGCACUGGUUUAUUGAAUCUGCUUCGUCUAUACACCCCGACCCUCAGUGGUCGGUGCUGCUGCCGUUUGUGCUGCGGAUUGACAAGAAGAAGCAGCAGCAAAAGCAGCAGCAAAAGCAGCAGCAGCAGCAGCAGCAGCAAACAGCUGAACUAAGCCUCCUGCCUGCUGCUAGGAAGCGCAUUGAGGCAAUGCGCUUAGAUGGGGGAUCGGGGGGUUGCCUUGUGGGGCCCCCUGCAGCAGGAGACAGCGAAGGAGACAGCUCUCAGCCAGCUCUUCCGGUGUUUGCUGCCUAUCCUGCUGCAUCUGCUGCUGUUGCAGCUGACACUGCAGCAGCAGCAGCAACAACAACGGGGCCGCAGCAACAACGCAGCAUCAGCAGCAAAAGAGGAGGAGCAGGCAGCCGCGGUGCAAAGAGAGAGAAAGGCUCUCCUGCUGUAGCAGCAGCAGCAGCAGAAGAAGAAGCAGCAGCAGCAGCAGCAGGAGACGGGGCCGCAACAGAGGGAGCAUCCUUAAAGUCAGCUUCAAAGGCAGCAGCAGCAGCAGCAGCUGCUGCUGCUGCUGCUGCUGCUGCUGCGGGGGAGCAGCAAGAGGAGCAAGAGGAGCAGCCGGCGGAGGAGCUGCUGCAGCUGCAGCAGCAGCAGCAGCAGCAGGGCAGCAGAUGGGAGUUAGCUGGCAUCUUUACUUUGUAUACAUUUUAUGCCUUUUGGGGUUAUAGAAGGAGACUCAGUCAAUGCCUCGUCUUCCCUCAUGUAGCAGCGUGCGCACCAGACCGUUGCAGCAGCACAGCAGCAGCAGCAGCAAAGCAGCAGCAGCACAGCAGCAGCAACAGGGGUUUGGUGCUGCGUUCAGGGAUUGGAAUGCGGACGCUGGAGUUUGUCUAUCAAGACAUUAUCCUCGACCCCAAAGUCAUUGAGUUUACAGUGGAGGACCCUGCGACAUCUUUCUGUCAGCUGCGCGACGUAACGAGUUUGAAGCUGUCCAUAGAGUUGGGGAUCGUCUCCCCUGCGCUCCUCUACCCCCCUGUUAAGAAGCAGCAAGGAGACAGCCUCGAGCAGCAGCAGCAGCAGCAGCAGCAGCAGCAGCAGCAGCAGAUGGGGCGCUGCAGCAAGAAAGGCUCGCAGCAGCACUGCGCACCACCAGGGCAGCCAUGCCCUGAAUGCUUUCGUCGAGUAUUAAAGGAGACAAAGGCCCAGGCUAUCAGGCUGACGGAGAUCCUAGCCCUUGCUGCUGCACUACCAGACCCUCCCCCAGAGCUGCACGAGGAGUCUCCUUCAAGCAGCAGCCGCAGAGACUGGAGACAGCCGGAGGGGGUCUCUGCUACUGCAGAUCAGCAGCAGCAGCAGCAGCAGCAGCAGCAGCUGGCAGCAGCAGGGCAGGGGUCUGCUGGAGCUGCACGCCGCCCCUGCACAGCGGGGGGAGCGCGUGCAGUGCCGGCGAAGCGCCCAGGUGUCUCCUGCAGCAAACUGUCUCCUUGCAGCAAGCCUUGCUUUCAUCGAGGCGAUGAAUGUGCUGCUGUUCGCUUAAAAGUUAAACAAAGAAUUAAAAGAGACAUCUACGACAUUCUGUCGGAUCUGCCUCUGCAGCAGCAAAAAGCAGAGACAAUACUGAAGCUAAGGAAACUGGUUGGGGGGAGACCCGCAGCAGACGAGGAGACAGCAGCAGCAGCAGCAGCAACGCCAGCAGCAGAAGAGGAGGCAGGCGCAGCAGCAACAGCAGCGGCAGAGGAGACAGCAGCAGCAGCAGCAGCAGCAGCGGAGGCAGCAAAUGCCGCCGCAGCCCAGCGAGCAGCCCCUGAGACAGCAGCAACAGCAGCAGCAACAGCAGCAGCAGCAGGGGGUGGGCGUCUUAAGAAGCAAAGAACAACUGCUUGCGGGGGCUAG